GGCAGAGGAAGCUCCGAUCAUAUUAUAUCAAUUUCAAUCUUGCUCGCUGUACUACCAUAUAGAAUCAAAGUGACCUAUACGUGUGUAUUGGAAGGUUUGCCUGAUGGCUGCCAGCAGCCACACAAACCCGGGCUAUAUGUCUCCCAAUAGCUGCCGCUUUGAAUCAAACAGCAACGAUGAAGAUACCCCACAUCCCUGUGCCUUCUCCGUUAAGUCUCUGGACAACCGUACGCUCGGUUGGCCCAUUCAUUGGCCCAUUCAAUGUUGCUUGUUCAAUUGCUGCAUUAUGGGCUUUUGUUAAAGUCUCAAAGGCGCUUCGCUGGCGAUUGAAGACCACUCAACUGCGGGGUCCUCCUCGUACCAGCUUCAUAUAUGGCGUUUUGCACAACCUCCUCGCAUCUCAAGAUACUGGUGGAAUGUAUGAACAUUGGGCGACGGAAUAUGGGGUAGCGUAUAUGAUUCCGAGCGUCCUCGGGCAGGCUAUAGUCGUGCUGUGCGACCCAAGAGCUAUAGCACAUUUCUAUGCCCGAGAGACAUGGACAUAUGUGCAGACGCCCAUUUCGUUGGCACUUCUGGAGGCAUUAAUCGACAGAGGGUUAUUAUCGUCUCAUGGUGAAGACCACAGGAGGCAGCGGAAGGCUCUCACCCCAGGUUUCAGUAAUGUAGCGAUUCGGAAACUCACAUCAGUGUUUUAUGACUCAGCAUACAAAGCCAAAGGUGCAUGGGAUAUUGUUAUAGAAUCGAGCAAAGAUGGCGACGUUGUCAUCGAAGUUCAGAACUGGAUGAAUCAUAUAUCUCUAGAUACGAUUAGCAUCGCUGGUUUCUCCCAUGAUUUCGGCUCGCUCGAUGGAAAGCGAUCCAGCGUGACCGAAGUGUUUGAUACUUUCGGAACCAACCAACAGGCCUCAGCAAUCCCCACCAAGAGGACGAAUCUGUUCAAGCAACUUAACGUAACCAUGGGGGAAAUAUCUAACGAGUCAUUGAUUCGCAGCCGCCGGGAGAAGGAUGUGAGUAUGAGCGAGAGAGACGAGGAAAAGUCCAUCGUCGGAUUGUUGAUUAAAUCCGAAGGCCAGGAUGCCGGGCUUCAUAUGUCGAAGGAGGAAGUAGUGGCUCAGGUCUUGCUUGUGGCAGGUUAUGAGACGACAUCCACUGGCUUUUCGUUGACUCUCAGUCUUACGUGGGCACUGAUCGGGCUAUCGCGACACCCCGAUAUCCAAACCAGCCUGAGAGAGGAACUGCUUGUGUUUGGCGCGGAUCCGACAUAUGACCAAUUAAAGGCCAAUCUCCCAUACUUGGAUGCGGUUGUCCACGAAAUUCUACGACUUCAUGCCCCGGUGGGCGAGAUCAUUCGUCUUGCAGCGGCAGAUGAUGUUAUUCCCUUGAGCGAACUUGUGCGUACGGCGUCUGGGGAAAUGACGGACAGUAUAUCUAUAGCGAAAGGGACAUUAAUCACGAUACCAGUCGCGGCGAUCAAUCGUUCUUCGGCCAUCUGGGGACAUGACGCAAAAGAAUUCAAGCCUGAUCGUUGGCUGACUGAAGACGGGAUCGAUGGGAAGGCCAAGGAAGUCCAAGACCAUAGGCAUCUGCUGACGUUCGUCGACGGCUCGAGGAUGUGUCUUGGAAAGGAGUUUGCAAUUACGGAAUUCAAGGCGGUUUUAUCGGUUCUGGUGAAGAACUUCGUGUUUGAGAUGCGGGAUGGAUCUGAUACGCCAGUCGAAGUUGCGAGCGGACUUUUACCCCGCCCACGGGUUGUUGGAGAGGAUGGUAUUGGGGUACCUUUGAGAGUUCGUCGGUAUGAAUGAUUGGUUGUGCUGCGCUAGCAAGUUUACUGUGUUUUCCAUGACUUAUUCCCCACUCGAAUUAUUGUUUUCAGAUCAGAAGAGGUGUGUGCGCUUGUAAUAUGGACACCAGGUAUAGCUCUGUAUACGCGAUGGAUUUAAAGACUAGUGACAGGGUGGUGGUCAAGUGAUUUCAUCGUCCAUUCGUCGAGUCAUCAGGCGUUCAGGACUACUACUACUUCAAGGAUAACUCCCCCAACGCAUACGCUUAUGCACACGAUUAUAUGACUGCUGUGUUGAAUGUUC